AUGCUCACGAGGUCUGCUUCGAGGAAGAAGAAGUUCGACGAGAGCGGACAGGAGGAGUCACUACCAGUCAAUGGUGUCGAUAGCAGGCCGCGGAAGCGGGCUCGACGUAAGGACCAAUCUCAGCUAGUUCAGGGAGGUUGGGAUGUGCUGCCACACAACUUGGGAAGAAUAGAUGUGCCUGUGAGUGAGGGCGGGGAUACUACGGGAUUGGUCGAAAACGAAAGCGCCCAGAAGACCGCCGUCAUCGACGCACUUACACUGCCUUCUACACCCGACGAUGCGAACCGGCCCAAAGUUUCGGGCCAAACACCCAAGGCUGCCGCCUGUCAACAAUCCACUCUUCCAGCGCAGCUUGCAAACGUCGACGAGAUAUCCGGCCUGCUAACACCUCCUGAACUACCAGACGGAGGAGAUCCAGUGGCCCCGGCCCCCAAGCGCAUCCGGAGGAAAACCAAGGAUAACCCUCAUGGCUUGAUGUUCGGAAGGACCCCUUUUCCGAACUGGCAAGGCCCGAGCCCAGAGACAUGCGAAGAAGUCCACAGACUGUUGACAGAGGUUCAUGGAGAGGUCAGUGCGCCCCCGACGAUUCCUCUUCCAUCGACGACAGUCGCAGGUUGUGGAGAGGUACCGUCCGUCCUUGAUGCUCUUUUGAGAACAGUUAUGAGCGCCGCAACGACCAUGAGAGCUGCAAACGAAGUUUUUGACGCCUUGGUCAAGAAAUAUGGCAUCCUCAAGACCGGGGUUGGAGAGGGUAGCGUCGAUUGGAAUAAAGUCAGGCUCUCUUCCGAGGAGGAGCUGGCCUUGACUAUUAAGCGAGGUGGGCUUGCAAACGUUAAGGCGGCGGACAUGAAGAAAAUCCUUGACAUGGUCUGGGAGAAACAUGGGAAGCUAUCGCUAGACCAUUUGCAUGGCACCGAUGCCUGGGAUGCAACCACCUGUGUCCUCGAACAUCUCCUCGAGAGAAACAAGCCGAAGCGGAAGGUCAAGGCGGCUCAAAAAGAAAUCGAUCAUGCCCAAGAAAGGCAAGAAAGGGACCAGCCUGACCACUCGGAGACCGGGAGACCGCCGGUGGGACUGAAGACGAGAAGACUUCUUCGUCUCAAAGUCUAG